AUGGAAUCCUUCUGUCCCUUUAUCCCGACCAGCAGCCCCUCACCAGGAUCUCCCGUUCCUGCUGAUACCGAUCCUCCGGUCACCGCCGCGACACCUGCCUUGUCCUCGACCUCAAGGAAUGAAACGCGAGCUCAGCAGCCCACGGUCGCUGCGGCAUGCCUGGCAUGUCGAGCCAAACAUCUCAAAUGUGACGGGUCUAACCCUUGUGCUCGAUGCACAAGCAGUAACUCUGAGUGCGUUUAUGUUGCUUCGCGUCGCGGCUACAAGCCGAAGAAGACGCAAGCCCCAGGGAGAGACCGGCCGAGGAGACAAGGCUCCUUGACCUCCCUAGGCACCGGUGGUAUCAAUCCUGACGAUGAGUCGAUUCUUGGAUCGUCUACGCCGCAAUUCCGUGCGGCCCUGCUUUCACCCGAAGCAGGAGCUGCAACACCAGCAUCCUUCAGUCCAAACCUGCAAGUGUACAGGCCGUUCUCCAACGGCAAUGGGUCAGCCACGGAUUCCACAGGGCUGAUUCUCGAUGGUUCGACUUCUGCCGGUGCCGUACCGAUGCACCUUCAGGAACAAAGCAUCGCAGACCGCUGCAUUGAAUCCUUCUUUCAUCACUUUCAUCCGGCCCAUCCUUUCGUCCUGCCCACGAGCGCUCUCCUCCGGAGUACUAAGGACCCGGGAAUCAAACCCCUACUGGCCGCCGUUCGGUGGAUUGGAUCCCUCUAUCUGGAUGUUGGCCGGUGGAGGGCGACUUUUCUCGACCAAGUACUCCAACUAGCAUACGAUCCGGCCGCUCCACGCGACGGGUUCUUACUGCAGGCCUUGCUCCUGGUUUUAAUUGGACUCGAUGGAAACUGCCAACGGGAAAAGGCUAGACAGAUGCUUGCCGAUGCCGAAAAUCUUGCCCUACAACUGGGUAUUAACGCUAGAACUUACGCAACCUUGCAUGGCAGGGGCAUUCCGGUCUUGGAGGAGAGCUGGAGGAGGACGUGGUGGGAGCUCUAUUGUGUCGACGGGAUGAUCGCCGGUGUUCACCGGAAUACAAACUUUCUCCUAUUCGAUUUCCAGGCCGACACGGCUCUGCCCUGUGAGGAACACCAGUACUUAUCAGGGAACAUUCCAAGCCCGGCAUAUCUUGAGGACUUGGAAAAUAAAGAGCUCUCGGGAGACGAUCGGCAAUUCUCCUCGUUUGCGUACCGCAUCCUCGCGGUCCGGAAUCUAGGUCGAUUGCUAAGAGAAACUAACGGCUUCGAAGGCUCCAUCGAGACCGUGGAACGGAUCGAAGAUCUAUUGACAAACUGGAGGGUGCACUUACCCGAGUCCAAGCGGGAUGCACUGAACAAGGAUUGCAAAGUGGACGAGAUGAUGUUCCAAGCCCAUAUGGUAACACACGCGACAUCAAUAUUGCUGCACCAACCUCAUUCGCAACUCGAUUCAUCUCCCGCAAGGAGCGUUACGUCCUGCACGCCUCAUAGACCGAUCCCCGGAGGGCCAGGAUUCAACAGACACACACAGCAUACGCUCUCGUCGGCCGCAGACAUUAGCCGGCUAGUGACGCACCGAGCACCUCUCCUCUCUCACACACACUUCUUUAUUUGCGUCGUAUCCCUUUCUUCGAUCGUCCAUCUGAGCCGCUGGGCGCAAUGGCUUCUCGGACCGCAAGACGACGACGACUUGCGGCAACUAAUCCGACUCAACAUCGGAGCUUUAGACCGGCUCGGUCUCAUGUGGAGUUCGGCCGCAGUGGCGGCGGGGCAGGUCCGGGGCGUAGCGCAGGAGAUUUACCGCACAAAGAAGGCCCGGCAGAUCGAGCCGUCCUAUUGGGCGGGAUUAACGCAAGGGGAAGUGGUCAGCGUGAUUACGACAGAUGAGACAAUCAUGAAUGAGAUUGGGGCCUUGCAGGACAUAUCCGACCCAAUAGCAAAGCAGGCCAUCCUUCGACAUCCGCCCAAGUCCGCCAAAUCUAGAACGCACAUCCCCUUCGUCCCGCCAAAGAAACACCAAGACUCACAAGCCACAAUGCCCAAGUCGAAGAGGGCGAGGCUCGUCCACCUGACGCAGGUGGCCAAGAAGGGCCGGGAGCACAAGGAUAAGCUCUUCGAGAACGUGAGGGAGGCCGUGGGGGAAUACAUGCAUUGUUUCGUGUUCAGCGUCGAGAAUAGCAGGAAUACGCACCUCCAGAGCGUAAGGCAAGAAUUGUCCGACAGCAAAAUCUUCUUCGGCAAAACAAAACUCAUGUCCAAAGCCCUCGGCCAAACCCCCGCCGAAGCCCAAGCCGACGGAAUCGACGCCCUCUCCCCCUACAUCCACGGCCAAGUCGGCCUUCUCUUCACGAACCGCGCCCCCGACACCAUCCUCGCCUACUUCGCCUCCCUGACCUCGGUGGACUUCGCCCGCGCCGGAGCCGUGGCGACCCGCGAGUUCGUCAUCCCCGCGGGAGUCGUGUACGCCACGGGCGGCGAGGUGCCCGCCGACUACGAUGUGCCCAUGGAGCAUACCAUCGAGCCGGAGCUGAGGCGGUUGGGCGUGCCGACGAGGAUGGUCAAGGGGAAGGUUGUGCUGGGGGAGGAGAGUGGGGAGGGGGAGGGGGUCAAGGUAUUGGCGUACUGGACUUCUUCGAAUGGCAAGGUCACCGUGGUGGAAGGAUCCGCCAUGGAGGUCGAGGAUGCGGAAACCGAGUGA